AUGUCAAAUGGGAACAAACUAUGUAUAGCCCCUCUUAGUGAAGUAUGCGCAAUUAUUGGAAGUAAAGUAUGGGACAAAAGCAUUCAGCCUGGUGAUGACAUAUCAAAAGUAGAUAAUGGGAUUCAACCUGGUGCGGGUGCAUUAUUAUCUGUAGUCACAUCAGAGCAGAUUGUAAGGGAAUUUCAGGAUGAUCCAGACCUAUGUAUAUCAAACAGCAUAUCAUGGUCUGCAUUGAAAAGCUUACCAGCAUUUUUUUUUCCAUACGGUGUUCAACUUUCUUCAAAUAAGCCAGACAUCAAAAUAGAAUAUGGAGUGUUUACUGAUGAAACGGGCUCUCGUCUGUACAUGUAUUGCCUCUGUUUUCCUGUGAAGAUUCAUGUUCCUGAUAAAAGUUCAGAUGGCAGUAUGUUUUCUAUGACUAAGUUGUGUUUUUUCUCAUCACACAAGUGCUUCAUAUUGAUGAGAGACAUUUUUCAAUCCUUAAACUCACACUUGAAGAAUGAUGAAUUGAAUGAGACUGAAGUUCAACACUUGUUGGUGAUUCUUUCCAAAGUUUUUGUUCCACCUAAAGGUACUCUGGAUGUAAGUUUUGGAUACAAAGACAAAUCAUUUGUUCUUCAUUGUCAAGUUGUUGCUGGUUUCAGUGAUGCCCCAUUAUCAUUACCAUUCAUGUUCUUUGAUCACAAAUCUAUUGUUGAAAUAAUUGUUGCUAUUAUAAGUGAGCAACAACUUGUAUUUGUCAGCAAAGACCCUUCAACCCGUGUUCUUAUUAUGGAAUGUUUUCUUUCUUGCAUUUUCCCCUUUGAAUGGCUGGCUCCAUACUUCCCUUUGCUGACUGAAAAUCUUUAUGUCAUGCUGGAUGCAAUGGGAUAUUUCAUAUUCGGAGCUGAUAGAAGUGUUUUGGAGGAGGACCAUGAGGGAAGAAGAAUUGUUUUUAUUGACAUCGACAAUGGAACGAUCAGUUACUGUGGCGAAGCUACACGCCACAAUGUUGAUCUAACAGUUGUAGCAAGACUCAAGGAGCGAUUGCCAGGACAAUCCUUCAACUUUCUUUGCACUACUAUAAGCAACAUCUUUGACAGAGAAGAAGAAUACACUGAGGCCAAAGAAGAGUUUGAUUUCCUCCUCAAUGUCAGAAUAUUUUUGGCACUGCAAUAUGUUUUGAUUGAUAUUUAUAAAGGCCUUCUAACAUUUCAAAUGAGUGCCAAGAAGAAGAUGAGCCUUAACAAACUAACGGAGUAUUCUGGCUACCAAUUGACUCCACUUCAAACACACCUCAAGGAUACAAUGAUGAGGUCAAACUUGAGAAUAAAGUAUAAUAAUCCAUAUUUGGAAAGACAGUACUUUGCUUUACUUGAUGAACUAAAGAAAAAGCCAAUUGAACAUGUUCUCAACGAAAUCAAGUUAAACAAACGCUGCAAUGAAUUGAUUACAUUUACUCCUUCAAUUGAUGAUAAUUUGAAAUCUGUUGAGCUAAAACUAACAACGAGUGACAGACUGUCAGAUAAAUCAUCGUUGCUCUACCUAAGAGCUUUAUUGCUUCUGAAUAAUGAAGAACCAAUUCUUGCUUUUCAGUCGAUCAACAAGAUAUUUGAAGCUGGAGUGAAAAAUUUUCCUGCUGUUGAAGUCAUGAAUUUGCUCAGGAAAUUAGAGAAUUUUCCUAAUCUGUACAGUGAGAUAAUGAAACAGAAUUUCAUGCAACAAGCCGUGUGGGCUCCAUUGACUAUGGAAUUAGGUCCUGAAAACUACAUGAAAAGCAAACUAUCUGAUCGAAAUUACAACCAUCUUGAAUUUCCAGAAUUGAUGCUGGAGAUGGGAAUAACUAGAAACCAUGGAACUGCUCGACAGAUCUUCACUGCCUUAAAAUCUGAUUCAGAUCAAGUUUUGGGACAAGAUGCGAAAAACUUUUGUGAAAUAUGGAGUGGACUCAGAAAAUAUCUUAACAAAAGGAUAUAUUUACCUAUCAUCAGUCAAAAAGAAAAGCUUGUAAAAUAUUCUGAACAGGACACCAAAUGUGAUACUGGUAUGCAUUUAGUCUGUUCCAUCUUUAAAUUAUAUUUUGUGGACACAGUCACUCAGCAAGUUUGUGAUUUCAUGAACAUUGAUGAAAUGACAGAUAUCAAAAUCAUCAACUGCUCCCAGAUGAGCUUUCAGUCAAGGUCUAGGAAGCCUAAAGAAAUAUAUAAUAUAAAACAUACUACUCGAUGGUGCUUAAUCUUGGAAGAGCUGAUAAGUGCAACAAAUAGCUUCCAAAAGACCAAAGAUCAUACUAUUUUAGUUGAUGCCAGGGCUGCAAUCUUGAUAUUUGACUCUCUACAUCAAUAUGAGUUGAAGUAUGGUGAGUUACUGGACAUGUCAGAGGUGGUGGAAACAGAUGCUUCGUCUAGUAACUUUUUUAUUGAAAAAGUUAAACAUUCUGGUUUCCUGACAUAUCAGAAAAAGCUGAAAAUGAACUCUUCAUCCAAUCGCAGCAUUUCAACUUUUUCUAAUGUGCACUGUGGACUUGACAAUAUUCUUUGUAAGUUCAGUCCUAACCCUAAGAUAAAAGAAACCAUUGAAGUGAUAGUUGCAGAUAGUCAGUAUAUGUACAUUGGCACCCGAACUUGCAGUUUGCACAAAGUCUCCAUGUCCUCAUUCGAUGUUGAAGAUCACAUUUCGAUGAUGCUCCCUGAUAAUGAGAAUUGGACAUUAUACGAAAUUCUGCUGAUUGACGAUAACCUGUGGAUAGCUGUGAAGUAUAGAAGUCUGUCCAGAAGUCUUCAUAUAAUGAAAUGUGACUCAUUUGACAACUACCAAACCUUGCCAUUAUUCAAUCAUAAUGAUCACAUAGUGAGUAUGAAAAGAAUCGGAGAAUUCUGUUUCAUCACAAGUAUGGAUGGCCUCACCUCUAUUUGGUCCACUGAAACAAAAAGCAUGACACGAUCCAUCCAGGAUUGCCAGAGUUACAUCUUCACAGUUCAGGUCAGUGGUAACAACUUACUCCAAUCAGUUAGAAAUGGAUUCUCCGCUUGUUCGGACUCCAGUGAUUUUGCGUUGCAUGAAACUGGUUUCACCUUGACAAAGUUUGUGGUUAGUGAAGAGCUUGGGCAUAUAUACGGCAUUGACAAAGCUUCCCUGGAUACCAUACGUUGCUUCUCAUCCUACUCGUUUAUCCAUCUUACAGAUUUAGACAUUCACAACACGAUCGAGGAAUGUGACCAAAAGUCAUUCUACAACAUGAUACUGCAUGGGGAGGAACAUCUGGUGUUAACCACCAGAAACUGUUCUUUGAUUGUCUACAAUUUGGUGACCAGGUCUUUUGAAAGAUGUGUUGAUAAAGCUCAUAUGGACCUCAUUUCGUGCGGUAUUACUACAGAAGAUGACAAGAUUAUUACUGGUUCGAGAUCUUUGGAUGGAACUGUUACGGUGUGGGUUGAUAUGUUUGAUAGGACUAAAUUAUAGACGAACAGAUUAUCCCUUUUAUUAUAUUUGCAUGAUAUAAUUAUCGAUAUAGUGUGGGAUUGUUUCUAUGUCAAUUGUAAUUUUUAUGUUUGAUUUAUGAAUUUACCUGUUUUAUAGCAGAUGAUAUGAUUUUCUAGUUUUAACGGGAUAAUGUUAAUUUUCAGAACCAAUUUUUAAUCAAUUUGAAUUUGAAUAUGUGCAAUAUGCAGUGAAUGUUUAUUUUUAUACGUUUUUUAAUCAGAGACCGAUUUCUUAAUAAUACAAUUUUAAGAUGUUUUUUGUUUUUAUAGAAAACUUGGUUAUCAGGUUCAGUACUAAUAUAACUGGAUGUUAAUAUUGUUGGUCGUGAAUCAUUAUGUCUAUUCAGUGUAAAAUUUUUUUCAGUAUAGUAUAAAAAUCUUACUUACGUAUAAUAAUUCAAAGAAUUAUUUCUGUCUGUCUGUACGACCGCCCACGUGCCAAUUAGGUAAACAAAUAGAAGUUGCAUAGUAACCAUGGUAACGAGGGUUAUCACACACACAGUGCGAGCUACAUCUUAAUCUGUUGUAGCUUCGGUUGUGAUGGAUAUUUUUUGAUUCGAUAAAAACUGACUGCCAAAGAAAUAGAAAACUACUAGCUUCAUCCCUGUUACCACGGGCUUUCUAAUCUUAUUUAUAAUUCGAAAGAUUAUAUUUGUCUGUCUGUACGACCGCCAACGUGCAUAUUUUAUGAGAAAUAGGAAGCUGCAUAAUAACCAUGGUAACGGUAUUCAAAAGCACACGUGCAUGUGCAAAUAUUUGUCAUCGACGUUUUGAUCGGUUUUGUGGUAAUUACGUUGUUAUCAGUGCGAGCAACAUUUUAAUUGGCUGUAUACUCGGUUGUGACGGAUAUUUUUUGAUGCGAUAAAAACUUACUACCAAAGAAUACUAGUAACUUCCUCCCUGUGACCACGGGCUUUCUAGUUAAUUAUAAAGUGAAAGCAGUGUUACAAUGGACAUUUGUCGUUUAAAGUAUGACUUGUUGUGGCUAUAUAUAAACAGAGCAGUAUAGUGUAUACUUACGAUUUGCUGUCUAUUUUUCGAUAAAUCAAGGAAUUACAUGAAUUCAA